UCUCUUCGCAUCCAACUUCAUCGAGUUCCUGCAUCCAUUGAUGAACCACGUCAAAAGAGUGGUUUCUCCUCCUGGACCUUGGUCGUAGCAGGACACUCGUAUGGAGGUUGCUCGGUGAUGUUAGCCGCGUUGCAUUUCCCGGCCUUGUUAUCCUCGAUGAUCCUCCUCGAUGCGACGAUUGACAAUCACCAAGAAUUUGCGUGGGAGCACACGCAGUACUUGGUUGGAAUUACCUUGAUAAGGCGUGAUCAAUGUCCAUCAUGUACUACCGACUAUGAUUGUGGGGAGGACACCCUGCGUUCCUUUAAAUCUUCACCCAUGUUCUCUGUUUGGCAUCCUGACAUCCUUCGGCUCUAUGUCGAUUUCGGACUGGACGAGGAUGAAAGCGGAUGCGUCAGAUUGAAAACGCCUCCCAUUCACAAGUCUCUUGUCCUUGCGAACCCACGAGCCGGCUAUGAAACCUGGGGAUUGAUCGAAAAACUUGAUGAAAAGUUCUACUGUGAAUUCUUCCCGGAAAAUCAAGCAAGGACGAUGUUAGUGGAAGUGAGGAAGCAGCGUGCUUGGCGCAGACCUGCAAAUUCAUCUAACAUCACUUUCAAGUCAUCUAGCCAUCUC